UUUAUUUUUUAUAAUGGAAAGUACUCCACAUUACUGAGAAAAUUUUGUCAGAGUGUAAUAACCAAAUUAGAUUUUUCUGAAUUCACAUGUUAACGUUUUUCGGAUAGCAAAGCCAGACGGUGAAACUGUGAUGAACAAUCACGAAGCCAAUAAUAGGGACAGGCAAAUCGAAGAAGACCCAUCAAAUCAAGGGCACCAGCAGCAGCCGGGAUCUCCACCGAUGGCCGCUUCCGCCAUGGACGGCGUAGCAGCCACGGCUCUCCGGUCGGUCCUCCACCGCGUCCACCAAGCCGCCGAGAGGUCCGGCAGAUCCUCCGACCGGAUCAGAGUCGUCGCCGUCAGCAAAACCAAGCCCGUCUCUCUCGUCCGCCAAGUAUACGACGCCGGCCACCGCUGCUUCGGCGAAAACUACGUCCAGGAGAUCCUCGAGAAAGCGCCUCAGCUUCCGGAAGAUAUUGAGUGGCAUUUUAUUGGCAAUUUGCAAAGCAACAAAGUGAAGCCUCUCCUAACUGGUGUGCCAAACCUGGCCAUGGUGGAGACUGUAGAUGAUCAGAAGAUAGCAAAUAACCUUAACCGUGUGGUGGAAAACAUUGAAAGGAAACCAUUGAGAGUCUUGGUCCAAGUAAAUACCAGUGGAGAAGAAUCAAAAUUUGGUGUCCAUCCGUCUGGGUGCUUGGAACUUGUGAAACAUGUUAGUAUGGCCUGUCCAAACCUUGAAUUUUGUGGCCUAAUGACAAUAGGGAUGCCAGAUUAUACUUCAACACCAGAGAACUUCAAGACGUUAGCAAGCUGUAGAAGUGAAGUUUGCGAGGCACUUGGAAUUGCUGAAGAGCAGUGUGAGCUAUCAAUGGGGAUGUCUGGAGACUUUGAGCUAGCUGUUGAACUAGGAAGUACCAAUGUGAGAAUUGGAUCAACCAUAUUUGGAGCAAGGGAGUAUCCGAAAAAACAAUCAAACUAGCAAUCUGAAUCUUCUCGCUAGAAGAGCGAACACCAUCUUUGUGUUACCUUGUUUGGUGCAGUUGUCAUGGUGAAGCUGUUUAUUGUUGGGAUUUCGGUUGAUCUAUUUCACAGCUUAACAGCUAUAUUUGAUAGCGUAGGAAAUUGUUCUGUUGUACUCUGCAGAGCUAGGCGUCCGAACUGAGCAUUAUACUAGCGGGUUUUUUUUUUUUUUUUGGAAUAACAGGGUGCCCGGCCAGCUACGCCUAGUAAUUUUUAUAAAGUUGGAUUUGAUCUGAAAUCAGUGGGGAAAGAUUUGAUUAGGAAA